GUAUUUAUAUUGAUGUUUUCGUAUUUUACCCAUGAUCCAAUGAACGAAGGCGUGACUGACAGACGAAAAUGGCCGACUUCGGUGAACCCAUUUCGGAUAAGCAAAAGGUGGCCAUUGCCUCAGAUUUUAUUAGACAUGCACCUCCAGGGGAAUUUAAUGAGGUUUUUAAUGAUGUAAGAAUUCUGCUUAAUGAUGAUGAUUUACUAAAGGAGGGUGCCUCAGGGUCAUUUGCCCAGUACAACAAAGAUCAGUUCACUCCAUGUAAAAUCAAUGGAUCAGAAGAAUUAGUUUUAAUAACAGAACAUGGAGAUUUAGGGGGAAGUAGAUUUCUAGAUCCCAGGACCAAGCAGUCUUUCAAAUAUGACCACUUGCGAAAAGAGGCUAGUGAUGUCCAGCCGGCUAAGGCUGACCCUGCGGCCGAACCCUGGCGGUCAGCGGUCGAGUCCUCACUCACCUCGUACCGAGACCAGCACUAUAAACAGGGGGUGGUGACCGUCUAUGGCAACAGCUCAGGGGGGAAUGUCACUAUUAUCGGCUGCAUUGAGAGUCAUCAGUACCAACCCAAAAACUUCUGGAAUGGAAGAUUGAGGUCACAAUGGUCCGUUACAUUCCCAGAAUCAGGGGGUGGGAAGGCUGAACUGACAGGGGUUAUAAAAGUUCAGGUACAUUACUAUGAGGAUGGAAAUGUACAGUUAGUCACAUCUAAAGAAGUUAAACAGACCUUGAACAUCUCGAAACAUGAAAAAAAAUCAACAAAAGCUGAAGAACAGACAGCAAAAGAAUUUGCCAAGAUCGUUUCUGAAGCUGAAUCUGACUACCAGAAAGCCAUUGGAGAGAAUUACAUGACGAUGUCCGACACGACCUUCAAGGCUCUACGACGACAACUUCCUGUCACCAGAACAAAAAUAGACUGGAACAAAAUUAUAGGUUAUAAAAUUGGAAGCGAGUUGAAGAAUGCAUGAGAAGACGUGAGUGAAACUAAAAGCCAUUAUUCCAGUGUGAUGAAAAUCCAUCUGUGAAGAUUUUUUUUUCAUGGGACUUCCGACAUUUAUACAAGUGACCUGUCGUUUGUAUAAAAGUGCUUUAUGGUAUGGAUGUAGAUAUUCAUGAUUUAAAAUUAAAAAAGAAGAGGAAAUAUUAUUUCUGUACAUUCUACUAUGAUCAUGUAUGCCGCAGUUAUUUGCAUUUACAUUUGAUUUUUUUUCUCUCUCUCUCUCGGUUCAGAUUUCCUUAUGUAGAAUCCUGGUGUAGAAUCUUGUGGCUAGAGGAAUUUCUGUUAAUGAAAUUAAUUUGUUUGGUUGCUGUUAAUUAUUUUUUUUCUUAAUUAAAGAGUGUCAAAUGAUGAUGAGAAGAUUUAUUCAUGUGCAAUAUUUUUAGCCAACAACAUUUUUGUAUCGGUAUCAAGUUUAUAAUUUUGACAUAGUUUGUAAAUUUUAAUGUGAUUACAGUUUGUAAAUUUUAAUGUGAUUACUUGGGAAAAGAAUCCAUUAUUGAUAUGUACAUGUAUGCAUAUUUAUACACUUUUCAUACACAAGUAUAAUUUUUUUUUUCACAAUGAAAUUACCUCCAAAAUUUGGAAAUAUGUAUACAUUUGAAGGUAAUUAUCAAUAAACAAUGCGUAUUAAGCAAGGCAUCAUAGGAACCUACCAUGUAUUAAAAAUAUAUUUUGGAAAGUUGAAGAUUUUUCUUUUGAAUUUACACUAAGCUUUUCGUUCAAGAUUACUUCCAUCAAAAACCGAUUACAAAAAAUUAAUCAUUUAAAAUAGUAUUAUACUUAGUAUUUUCAGAUUAAGUCCCAUAGAAAUUUCUUUGAUCCUCAGGAAUUUCACAUUGAAAAAAAAAUUAAAAUGAUUUUUUUCAGUACCUAAAUUCUUUUUGUUAAGAAAGAAGUUUGUAUACAUGCUAUAGGUAACAAAAUGGAUGCCAUAAUAAUGGGAGUCUCAGAUAGUGUAAGCUAUUUAUAGCAUUGUCUCUUAGGCCUACUGUUUACAGAACCAAUGUCCCUUGUACUAUAAUGCUAUGAUCGUAUAAUGUAUAUGACUUCUGUAUGAAUAUAAAAAUCUAACACAA